AUGAUGGAAACAUUAAUUCCAUUCAACGAUGAACAGAUAAAUUAUCAACAACCAAAAACUAGCAGAAAUGUUCGUUUACAAACAGAAUUAACUGCCAUCAAACUCGACGAUGAAGCAGAAAAUUAUCGACGAUACAAACGAACUAAAAAUGUUGGCAUUCAAGUAGCAUUUACAAAUAUUAACUUGGAUGAUAACGUAAAUAACGAACAUAAACACUCAAGAAAUCCAAGAGCCAAUAACAAGAAUGGUUCAACACACAAGUUCGAUAAAACAGAUGAAAAUCUUAAUCGAGAAGCAAUACUCGAUCAAAGACAAACAAUGAUACCAAAAGAAGAUUCUAAUAUUGAUAGAAAUACCACUAGUCAACAAGAGAAACAAAUUACAGAAACUGAUAAUAAAGAUAUCACUAAAAGUGAUGGAACUGAAAUAAGUCCUAUUCUAGGAUAUUCGGAAGAACCUCUAUUACCACUUGCACAAGCAUGUGCUCCAUUAACUGAAAUCUUUAAUAAUUUAUCAUUCUAUGUUCAGUUAGCAUUAGAAGAAACUCCUGAACAACCACCUGAUGGAUUAUCAGUUGAUGAAAGUGCUUCAAUUCGUCUUUAUACAAUCGAAUGGGAUAAACCUCAUCGAAGUCUCUAUUCAACACUCAAUUUCAAUCUCAAAAAUAAUGAUCGUGAAGCACUUCUACCUUUUUUCAGGUAUCUCAAGCUGUUCUUAACUGCUCUUGUUAAACUACCAUGUGUUCCACCAUUAACUGUUUGGAGAGGAGUAACUAAAAACUUAAGUGCAGAAUUUCCACCUGGCACUGGUAUGACUUGGUGGGCAUUUUCAUCAUGUACUACUGAAAUGACUGUACUCGAAAAUAAUAUGUAUUUGGGACAGGAAGGUGAUCGAACACUUUUUUCUGUCGAAGCUAUCAAUGGUCGAACAAUUAAAGCUCACUCUCAUUUUGUUACUGAAGAUGAAAUUGUUCUUAUGUCUGGUACUCAUAUGAUUGUUCAAUCACAACUUAGUCCAGCAGCUAAUCUAUAUAUUAUUCAUCUGAAACAAGUCGAACCAGAAAUGAUGACACUUGAACCACCAUUUGAAGGUGCACAUAUUUAUCCAAAAAUUCCACGUCCAUUUUAUCGAAAGAAAAGAUUUAUGAUUCCAACUUGUUUUUUGCUUAGUCUAUUUAUUGCAGGUGUUAUUAUUGGUGUUAUUUUGGGAACAAAAUCAAAAACAACAAAAUAUGUAUGCGAGAAGCCAUUUCAAUUAGAUACUACUAUCGAUACUGGAAAAUAUCCAUCAUCUUCUGUACUGGGUUACUUUGAUAAUGAUACAUAUCUCGAUAUUGCAAUAUCAAACUCCCUAGAAAAUAGUGUAACUUUACUAUUAGGUGGUGAUACGGAACAAAUUUUUCGAACUACACGACCUGCUACUGGUGAUAAACCAGCUAUUAUGAUAUCAGUUGAUUUGAAUAACGAUAAGAAAAUAGAUUUGGUAGUGACUAAUACAGAUGGCAAUACAGUCAGUGUUCUACUAGGUUUGGGAAAUGGACUCUUUCUGACUGCAGUCAAUUAUGAUAUUGGUGAAGGUCCAUACUAUGUAAUAGCCGCUGACCUUAAUAAUGAUAAUCAAUUGGAUUUAGCAGUAACAAAUCAAGAUAGCUCUACCGUUAGUUUACUUUUUAAUAAUGGCAAUGGGUCAUUUACAACUAUUACGUCCUUUUCAGUUAAUCCGUCCCCAUAUAUGUUAUUAUCUGGUGAUUUCAAUGGUGAUAACAACAUGGAUUUGGUAGUGUCAUAUGGUUGGAGCGCCGACAUUGAUGUGAUAUUUGGCUUUGGAAAUGGGAGUUUUGAUGCUCCAAUUGUUUGUAACACUGGUUAUUAUCCAUUUUAUAUGAAAGAAGUUGAUUUAAAUAAUGACAAAAAACUGGAUUUAGUAGUGAUGGAUAGUGGCGGUGACACUCUCACUAUACUUCUUAACAAUGGAAAUCAAAGUUUUACAACAUCCACUCUUGAUUCGAUUGGCUAUUCCUUAAGUGUAUUAACAGUAGCUGAUUUCAAUAAUGAUAGUAAAAUAGAUUUAGCAGUAGUAGGCGGUGGCAGUAUCUAUGUAUUACUUGGUAAUGGUGAUGGAAAUUUUCUGCCUAGCAUCCGGUAUUUAUUUAAUUCCUCUGCAAUAGACAUUGUUGCAGCUGAUUUCAACAAUGAUAAUAGAAUCGAUUUGGCAACAGUAAACGAUUUUACGUACGGUGUUAGUAUAUCACUUGGUAUGGGUAAUGGUAGUUUUGGCACUAAAACUACAUAUAAUACAGAUGAAUAUUCUCACUGGUUAAUAUCAUAUGAUUUCAAUAGUGAUCAUAAUCAAGAUGUUGCAUUAAUUGCUCAAGAUAGUAACAAUAUUAUUGUGUUACUUGGUAGUGGAAAUGGAACUCUUCAACUUCCACUAAAUAAUACAGUUGGUGCCUCUCCAGUUCAUAUCAUUUCAGCUGAUUUUAAUAAUGAUACUAAACAAGAUUUAGUAGUAGUCAAUCAGAAUAACAACACCAUCGAUGUACUUUUUGGCCAUGGAAAUGGUUAUUUUGAUACUCCCAUCAACUACACAGUUGGUGCAUCACCCUCGUAUGCAUUUUCAGUAGAUUUCAAUUCUGAUAAUAUAAUCGACUUAGUAGUGGCUAAUACUGGGGAUUCUACCAUUAGUGUACUUUUUGGAAAAACAAAUGGUACUUUUCAAAUUCAUGAUACAUAUCAACU